CCAAGGUCCAAACAUUUUUCUCAUUAUUAUAAUCAAACCCCAAAUUAUACAUUUCCUUUUCAAUUUUCCCCUUGAAUAAUUGAAUACGACUCAACUUUAACAUCGAUUCAACGUUACAAGUAAACUGAUCUUCUCUUCAUCUCUAAUUCAGGAUCAUCUUCAACUCUGGAAUUUGUUUCUCUGGGGCUAUUUACACUAGAAACCUGAAUGAUAUAUUGCAGAGUUUCUAUUGCCCAACUCAAUCUUGGAUCAAUCUUUUGCAGUUUUUAACAAUUAAGUGUCAGCUAAUCUUUGCAGUUCUAGCUGCAUUGAGCGAGUACUGAUUUCCCGCUAUCAGCAGGGUGUAAGGCAGAGAAGGAAGUAAUUCAAGAAAGAUGCAGAAGCUGGGGGAAUUCAAGCUGCCUAACUUCUUUAAUUAUCCACCUUACUUCACUUUGCAGCCUGUGAGGGAAACUAGGGAGAAGCAGAUACAGCUAUGGAAGGAGCUCAUAAUUGAUUUCUGUCGAACCCAAAAGAUCUUUGUAAUAGGGCUGGAGGAAGACUUCCCAUUGUUCAAUAAUCCUACUAUUGAAAGAUCUCUGAGUCAUGAAGCUAGGGGGGCAUUUCUCUCUGCAUUGGUUUCUGAUGGUCGUGCAGAAUGGAUGGAUAAAGGUCAUCGAAAAUGCCUAGUCCUAUGGCAUUGUAUCCAAGACUGGGCAGACUUGAUUGUAAACUUUGUGAAGGAGUAUGGGCUGGAGGACAGUGUUAUGACAGUUGAAGAAAUACGUUCUGGGGCGGAGUCCCGUGGAACAGAGCUUCAAGGAAUGGACCGUACAGUUCUUAUGCGAGCUUUGAAGCUGCUCGAACAUAAAGGGAAGCUUGCAAUAUUUAAGGGAACUUCAGCUGAUGAUGAAGGUGUCAAAUUUUCUCUGUAAACCAUCUUGGUGGACUGUUUUUCUGUACAAUGAGCGAGAAAAUUCGUAUCUACGAGCAUUUGUGAAAUACUUUAAUGGAGUCAAACUGGGAUAAAAUGGUUUCGUGUUAUGAUACAGAUACCUUACUGGACUAAUUUGAUUCCAAGUAGAAUGAAUAUUGAAUUGGUAGUGCAGAA